UCCAGGGAAUUACUGCCUCCCACGAGCCUCACUGAAAAGGAAGUGUUGCCGGCAAGUGGCUUCUGGUUGCCACUGUACAUUGGCUUCCUGUCCUGAGGCGACCAACCCGCGUCAGUUUCCCACCGGACCGGGUGGCCGCUGGCUGACGUAGCUCCCGGAAGUGGGGGGAGGAUUGGCGCGGAGCCGUCAUGUUGUCGCAGGACAGUAAUGAUGACACCGAAGACGUCUCACUGUUUGAUGCAGAAGAGGAGACAACCAAUAGACCAAGAAAAUCCAAAAUCAGACACCCAGUGGCGUCCUUCUUUCACCUGUUCUUUCGAGUCAGUGCGGUUGUAGUCUAUCUCCUGUGUGAGCUGCUCAGCAGCAGCUUCAUUGCCUGUAUGGUGACGAUUAUCUUGUUGCUGUCAUGUGACUUUUGGGCAGUGAAGAAUGUCACUGGUAGACUAAUGGUUGGCCUACGUUGGUGGAAUCAUAUCGAUGAGGAUGGGAAGAGCCAUUGGGUGUUUGAGUCCAGAAAGUCAACUCCACAAGACAACAAAACUAUUUCUGAAGCUGAGUCAAGAAUCUUUUGGUUAGGACUCAUCGCCUGUCCGAUCCUGUGGGUGAUCUUUGCCUUUAGCGCGCUCUUCUCCUUCAAAGUGAAGUGGCUGGCUGUGGUAAUCAUGGGUGUGGUGCUGCAAGGUGCCAACCUUUAUGGUUAUAUCCGGUGUAAAGUGGGCAGUAAGAAGGACUUGACCAGCAUGGCUACCUCAUAUCUUGGAAAACAGUUCCUAAGACAAAACGCUGGGGAUGGUCAAACGUCGUGAGUGAAGAUGGAGCCUAUGUGCCAUGGACCCUGGGGACAGUGGACAAGAUUCUUGAUCUUCAGAGCUCAGUCUGUGUUGCAGUAGGGUGUUGUGUUAAUUUUCUCUCUUAAAAGCAUAAUUUAGAAGAAGGAAACCUGGUUUCAUCUUAAACCGUAUGGGGGUAGAGAGUUUGGUGUUGCUGGAGACAGUCAGAGUUUGCUGGAGGUGGUGUUUGUGUCUAGACAGUCCUGUGACAGCAACAUGUCCCAAGUUCGUGUGUCCGCCACCUGAUGGAUCUUUGCAUUUUGAUCCAUAAGAUGUAGGAAGAGGUCUUCAGUCUGUCUCGUCUCUGUUUGCAGAGAAUUUCUGUACAUUGUUCUUAGAGGUAAGUUUUGAUUUAGUGUAAGGGUGAACAUGUUAGUUUAUGUAUGAAUUAGAAAGUUAUUAAUUUUUUGUGGUUUUUCGAGACAGGGUUUCUUUGUGGUAAAAUUUCUUAGACGUAUGUAAGCAAGUAAAAGCUAAAAUAGGACAGUUGUGUUAACUGAUUUCUAAAAUUUUGUUUUACUUGGUAAUAAGUCAUUUAUUCAAGGUCUGUUUGACAUAAAUGGAUAUUUGUAGCUGUGUGGUGGAACCCCCAGGGGCUACUGCUGCUGUGUUUCUUUUGUGGCCACAAUUCACUCUAGAACCAUCUAAAAAUCUCUUAGUGGUCAGUGGGUUAAUGAAAUAUUGCCUUUUAAUAAGAAUAUUAUUCUUAUGUAACAAUGGGAGUAAUUGUUUAAAUACUUGGCAUAAUAAAUGCCUAUGAAACAUUGUAUGAAUCUAUUUUUUCUUGUUAUAAUGGGAAUAUUGUAAACCACACAUUUGUAUUAAAGAUAUCUUCUAAGAGAAAGCAAUAUAGUGUAGAGUAAACAAAAUGUAAACUAUUGUAGACAGCUGAAUUCUUUUGUAGCUACUGUGAAUUUGCUGGAAUCUUUAGAUUAUGUUGUGAAAACAUUUGUCCACUGUUGACAUUUUUUAAAUGUCUGUUAUUAAAUAAGGGUCUUUAUUAAGAGUGUAGCUAGGCAGGUGCAUAACUUUAUAUUUAUAUAAAACUGCAGUUUACAAAGCA